CUCCUCCCUCUUCCCUCCGCCCUCCGCAUCCCUGCGCCGCCACCCGCAGCCUCGCCCGGCCGUGCGCGCCCCUGGGUGCCCCCCUGAACCCCCCCCAGCCGCGGCCCCCCCCGGCACGGAGCCAUGGCCCCCAUCGGACUCAAGGCUGUGGUGGGAGAGAAGAUCAUGCACGAUGUGAUCCGGAAGGUGAAGAAGAAGGGGGAAUGGAAGGUGCUGGUGGUGGACCAGCUGAGCAUGCGCAUGCUCUCGUCCUGCUGCAAGAUGACCGACAUCAUGACAGAGGGCAUAACCAUUGUGGAAGACAUCAACAAGCGCCGGGAGCCGCUGCCCAGCCUGGAGGCCGUGUAUCUCAUCACCCCCUCCGAGAAGUCCAUCCACUCCCUCAUCAACGACUUCAAGGAUCCCCCCACCUCCAAGUACAGAGCUGCCCACGUCUUCUUCACGGACUCCUGUCCUGACGCCCUCUUCAACGAGCUGGUGAAAUCCCGCGCCGCCAAGGUCAUCAAAACCCUGACAGAGAUCAACAUUGCCUUCCUCCCUUCCGAGUCCCAGGUUUAUUCUCUGGAUUCGGCCGACUCCUUCCAAAGCUUUUACAGCCCGCACAAGGCCCAGAUGAAGAACCCGAUCCUGGAGCGCCUGGCAGAGCAGAUUGCCACGCUCUGUGCCACCCUGAAGGAGUACCCAGCCGUGCGGUACCGCGGGGAUUACAAGGACAAUGCCAUGCUGGCACAGCUCAUCCAGGACAAACUGGACGCCUACAAGGCUGAUGACCCCACCAUGGGCGAGGGUCCAGACAAGGCUCGCUCCCAGCUGCUCAUCCUGGACCGUGGCUUUGACCCCGCGUCCCCGGUGCUGCACGAGCUGACCUUCCAGGCCAUGAGCUACGACCUGCUGCCCAUCGAGAACGAUGUCUACAAGUAUGAGACGAGUGGCAUUGGGGAGGCCCGGAUCAAGGAGGUUCUCCUGGACGAGGAUGACGACCUGUGGGUCACCCUGCGCCACAAACACAUCGCCGAGGUGUCCCAGGAGGUGACCCGGUCCCUGAAGGAGUUUUCUUCCAGCAAGAGGAUGAACACGGGUGACAAGACCACCAUGAGGGACCUGUCCCAGAUGCUGAAGAAGAUGCCACAGUACCAGAAGGAGCUCAGCAAGUACUCGACCCACCUGCACCUGGCUGAGGACUGCAUGAAGCACUACCAGGGCACUGUGGACAAGCUGUGCAGAGUUGAGCAGGACCUGGCCAUGGGCACCGAUGCUGAAGGCGAGAAGAUCAAGGACCCCAUGAGGGCCAUUGUCCCCAUCCUGCUGGAUGGCAAUGUCAGCACCUAUGACAAGAUCCGCAUCAUCUUGCUCUACAUCUUCCUGAAGAACGGAAUCACCGAGGAGAACCUGAACAAGCUGAUCCAGCACGCUCAGAUCCCGGCAGAGGACAGCGAGAUCAUCACCAACAUGGCCCACCUCGGGGUGCCCAUCAUCACAGACUCCACGCUGCGCCGCCGGAGCAAGCCGGAGCGCAAGGAGCGCAUCAGCGAGCAGACCUACCAGCUGUCCCGGUGGACCCCCGUGAUCAAGGACAUCAUGGAGGAUGCCAUCGAUGACAAGCUGGACACCAAGCACUACCCGUACAUCUCCACCCGCUCCUCCGCCUCCUUCAGCACCACGGCCGUCAGUGCCCGCUACGGCCACUGGCACAAGAACAAGGCCCCUGGCGAGUACCGGAGCGGCCCCCGCCUCAUCAUCUUCAUCCUGGGCGGGGUGAGCAUGAACGAGAUGCGCUGCGCCUACGAGGUGACACAAGCCAGCGGCAAGUGGGAGGUGCUAAUAGGGUCCACGCACAUCCUCACCCCACAGAAACUGCUGGACACGCUGAAGAAACUCAAUAAAACAGAGGAAGAGAGCAGCAGUUAAAAGGAAACGCUGUCACCACUCGAUGCCGACCCACGUCCCCGCCGGGCGCCCGGCCCCGGGUGCCACCCUGCACCCAGUGGGCCCAGCUUCUCUCUUGUUCUUGUGUUGACCCCCCUCUCCCCUCCCAGUGCCUCCCCCAUCUCAUUUUAUCCACAGGGAGGGGAUAACAGCCAAAAAAAAAAUUAUAUAUAUAUAUAUAUAUAUUAAGAAAAUGGAUGCAUUGUGUUUAAGAGAAAAAGGAAAAAAAAAAAAUCUAUAUAUUUGUAGCUGCAGCUGUGGGAAGCGCCCAGGAGCUCAUUGCUGAGUAACCAUCUGCCCAUUGCUAUUAAAUAUGGUGGGGAAAAUGACAGAAAACACAUUUUUUUGGGGGAAUGCUCCUCACUGGGGUCUUGUUUGGACGGGAGGACAGAUGGACAGACACCCCACACCGCUCCAGCCGCGGCUCAGGCUGGCACCACCGUCUGUCCCAUGGCUUUUGGGGCGGUGGGUGCUCCUGCCAGAUGUGCACGCCAACAUCUGGAUGGGAAUUUGGGAUGGGGGUGGUGUGAGAGUGCAGCCAGGACACUUCACACCGUGGUAAUUCCCAUGUGAAAAGGGACCAAACCGGUCAAAACUGGGAGCUGGGGCCCGUCCGCUUGCACAGCCCUGCUGCAGCCCUGCUUCCCUCUCUGGGAAUUCCUUAAAAAAAAAAAAAAAAUAUAUAUAUAUAUAUAAAAUAAAAUCCUAUUUUAUAUAUAUAUAUAUCUAUAUAUCUGUGCUCUCUCUCCAUGGAUACCUCCAUCCAUCCCCAUGGGAGCUCGGUGUCCGUGCCCAGCUCCACUCAUGUCGUCCCGUGGUGAAGCAUUUCUGAGCGUGCCGUCGCCCUGAAACCCCCAAAAACCCUCUGGGCCCUCCCCAAAACCCUCUGGGCCCUCCCCAAAAACUCUCUGGGGCCCCCCAAACCCCCCAGGCCCCCCCAAACCCUCUGGACUCUGUGUAUAUUAAUGACUGUGUCUUGUGACGUUCUUACGAGCUUGGUGUAUAGUGAUUUCCCCAAACCUCUGAUUUUAGUUGGGUUUUUAUUUGACGCCCCUGGAUUGCCCCCUGUCCCUUGCCUUUAGAUGCACUGCAAUAUUUUGGGGUCUAUGGUUUUGUUCUCUUCCCCCUGAAGGCUGUGACCCCUCUUUUCCUACCCUAAAAUUGCUCUUUCUUGCCUCGUUGGUGGUUAGCCCCCCUCUUUCCCUUCCCUUCCCGUCUGCUCCUUGCCCAUAAAUUUAAAUAUAUAUUUUUAGGGCAAAGGCUGUAUCAUUGCACUGAUAUUUGUUGGUUCCCCUUUGGUCUCCCAGCCCGUUUCUGUUCCUCUUUGGUUUAGCAAUGCAAAUGCUUCAGGAUCUUGUAUGUUGGACAUUAUUAUUAUUAUUAUUAUUAUUUUUUCUGUUACAGUUAUUUAUAUAAAAAAUAAUUUAUCAAAAAGGAAAACUUUAAAAAAAAAUAAUCUAGUCUGUCUUGGAACUUGUUUACCUUGAAAUUACUGGAAUCUAAAUGUUUGAAAGUGUUGAAGCACAAACAUGUAUCAUCUCUGUAUAUCUGUUCUUCUGUACUAAAGCACUCGAGUGACUAAAUAAAAACGAUCUCCAUCCCUAGUGCAA